AUGGGACGUUUCUGUUGGCGAGCUAAAAAUGGUAGAAAUGCAAUUGAGCUUUGUGUACCUUCAAGGAUUUUCUCUGAAAAAGGUAAACAAAAACGACUAGGCGUUGUUAUGAAGGGAAAUAACUUUUCUAGAACAGGUGCAGGUUCUCUGAAAAUGGUCGGAACGGUUUGAUCCUAGACCGGGUCAAGUUUUACACUAGAGUUAAAUUCGCGCUUAAAUAUUUAAGAUAGGGCAUGCAAUUGAAGACGUUUUAAAUGCUAAUUCAACAUGAAAAUGUCAGUGUCAAUAAGAGCUGUUGUGUAAAAGAUCUAAAGCUGGUGGUAACAAAUAUGUUGCCUGAAAAUAGAAGACAAUUGUUGGCCAGGGAGAUGACGAGAGAUUCGCAACAAUGUUUGAAUAAAAGUUACGUCAACAAUUUUUGUUGCAAAGGCCAGGAUAUCUUAUUUCCAACAUUAAAAAACCUAAUUUUCUCGCGUUUAUCAGCACUGCAUCAGGUGAGACUCGGGUCUCGACUCGAGUACUUUUGUUCAUUUUUUCAUAGGAUUAUUGCUGAGCCGCCAUUUAUCCUCCUGUCAAAGCAAAAACAACAACAUAUCUGAAUAUUAGGUGAGUUAAGAGCGUUAGAGCCCAUUUUUUUCAAAUGAAUCAGACGACUGAAAACACGGUUUAAGUUUCUUCUAUCUGAGAACUCGAAGCAUGAUAUCUGGCGUUUAAUUGGCUCUUUGCUAGUUUCUCUUAGUUUCUCUAAAAGCUUAGCUUGCUAGCAGGCUCACUUGUGCGACGUGGGGGAAACUUUUUUGGCAGCGGGGCCGCAAUCGCGCGAGGAGAACUCGGGGAAAAGUGCUCGCUGGAUGACGGUCCCGCCUCCAAACAUUUUCCCGAGUUGGAAUAAGUGAGCCUGCUAUUAACUUUAAUGCUGUAUUGUUGGAAACGGGAAAUAUUAAAUGGAUAUAGCAAUUAGCUUGACGUUUGAUUGACAUAUAAUUCAAAUAUCUUACCGCAGCAUAUAUUAGACUUGAGUGUGGUGUUUUAGGUAUGAAUCGAAGUUCAUCUUCGGUCAUCUUCGGCGAACGAAGCCAAAAGAUUCUGGGUCAUUCAAGUUGAGUGAACACUGUUAGACUUAAAGAUGCUGUGAGAAUCGGAUAAGCUUUUUAAUUCUUUUGUAUAUUUUGUUUUACCAAGUCAUAUCACGUGAUUUUCUGAAGGGAUUCUUUUUACCUUUUUCAUGAAUUAUGGAUACAAAUUAAUACACCCGGGUGGAUGGACAGGAACAACAUUUGAAAGCCUGGGGUGCUUACCAUUUACAUAAACCAAUCGGGUGGAUAUCUAGUUCAUAAAAAUUAAAUUACAAAAUUUAACUGUUUAAUGUGAUGGGAACGACCCAUUAUAUUCCUAAACAGACUAAAGAGAGUAGAAAAAUCGCAUCACCUCAAAUCACAGCCCAUAUUUUAUGAAGCAGAAUGGUGCGAGCCAUUUUGAUUUUCCAUGUAAAUGGCAAGCAGCCCAGAAAACAUCAUGGGUAACAUCACAUGAUCUGAAACGACAAAACAAAUCAUUCAAGAUAAAAGAGUCUCUUCACUUUAAUUUUACCAGUGAUUAUCAUGAACUAAAAGCUUCAAAGUCAAUGUAACGCAUGAAAGAAGCAAAUUAAUUUGGUUGCUAAGAAAUAAGAGGCAAGCUGACUGUAUGUCACAUGGAACUAAUAUUAGAAAACCCUAUUAAGUUGCUGAAAUUGCAAAUAUAGAGUAAGCAAAGCGCGCCAUCUGUGAAUACUUUGUGUAUAGAGUUCAAACUCGGCUGCUUUGUAAAUUUAGGUUUAUUAUAAAAGAGACGGUCGUGUGAAGUGAAUCUUUGUGUUUAGUUGUAAGCUGCUAAAACCAACCCGACUUAUGUCGUCUGACUCUCAUUUAACUGAAGCACGAUAUUAAUUUUCCUUUCGAUUCCCUCUCUAAUUUCAGGUUGUAUAGAAACAGAUGAUAACAUCAAGAAAGCAAAAGCUUUUUCACUGCUUUUGCUUGAUUGUUUCUGUAGUAAUAAUUGUGCACCAAUACUUCAACUAUAAACAUCCGACCACUAGGUCUUACCAUAGCGAUGCUAGUACUUAUCGAAUGCCACGUGACGAUAAAAUUUUUCUCUCUGACUGGUGCCGUCUUCAAAGAUCGCGCGUGGACUGGGAAGGAUUAGUUUCGAGCUGCCGCCAUAAGAUGGCAUGGAAAGACAGAGAAAUGAACUUUACAAACCGAACUGAUGCAAAGAAAAGUUUUAUUUCCAGAUUGGAAAUAAAACCUCAAGGUUAAUAAUUAAUUAGUCCUGUGUUUAAUUUUUUAUUUUUCUCUCACUGGUAAAAGUUAGUCAAAUCGUGAUAUCGUAUCAUUUGUGAUAAUAGAGAGUUUUAGAUCCGAGUUUACCGCGAACCUCUAACCGCGGUUUGCCGUUACCCGUUUGCGGUUCAACGUUCAAACAUAAUUCGAUUUAGAUUGGUGGUGGAUUAAAGAAGUGGAUUCUGCUUUAUUUUUCCACUUAGAAAUAGAAGAAAAAUCAGUCAGUGAAAAUAAAAGAAAUUUACGGUAACACUGGGUUAUCUAGCAGAAAAGAGCUGUAAAUUCUUACAUUAGUUCUUCUUGCAAUUUUACGGUCGCCAUCCUGAACCAGCAACCAUGAUUGGCACUUGUUUUCAAGAUCCAAUAGGAUUUAUCAAAUUUAGCAUUUCGCCCGUACUUUGUGCCUUUGUUAAUGGAUAAAGACUUGCUCCACAAGAUUUUUGUAUCAUUACGUGGGAUAAAACAAGAUUUAUACGCUAAAAUCUUUCAGGUAAAUGACAUACGUGAAAACCUAUCCCCCCACGUUGAAAACGCACGUCGUAAACCUCAAACGUGACGCGAAAGACUUGUCACGUGACCUCCAGCGGUUAGAGGUUUGCGGUGAACUCGGAUCUAAAACUCUCUAAUAUUAGCUACAUGAGCCAUACAUACCAGACAGAUUUUGUUACAACGUGGUAUAACUGACGUAAGUUUUUCACUGCAUUGUAUUCCUGCAGAGGAUUUACAAUUUUAGUAAAAUCCAACUAGUGCUCUAUUAUCAAUGCUGCGUUCUGAUUGGUUGAGCUACUACCAGGUUAUAGGUUAUAGCCCACUAGUAGCCGAAAGCGCCGGCUUUGAAAACCAAAACAAUGGCGGCUGAAUCGCGUUUUGCUAGCUAAAGCUGUUUUGUCUCCAUAUUUUUGACCAACUAGUUGGAUUUUACUAAAACAAUUAUUCCUCUCGUCCUCAUGGCCUCUGAGUCAAUAGGCCUUUCGGCCUUCGACCUCAUGGGCUAUUGACUCAGAGCCCAUUUGAGCUCGAGGAAUAAUUGUUAAUUAUUCUAUGUGGGAAUCUAUGUGGUUAUGGACAUUAUAAUUAGCUUUUUACAUUAAAUUAGCUACAUAAGACGCACUCAACUUUCGACCAAGAAACCCAACCAUCUGACUCCCUAUUCUGGGAGCUUCUCGGCUUAUUUCUAGACCAAAACUUCUAGUGAGAAACCUCAUUCUGGCCAACCAGUUUUAAUGGCAGUGAUUGGAACUCAUCAUCAUCAUCAUCAUCAUCAUCAUCAUCAUCAUUAUCAUUGUUAUCAUCAUUAUCAUUAUCGUUCUCGUUAUCAUCAUUUAUAUCAUUACUAUUCUAUUAAUAUUUAUUAUUUUUUCGUUCACGUCAGGGGAAUUCAACCGUUUCUUUAUCCAGUCUGUGACCAGCGAUGGAAACCUCAAGAGAACUGGAGGCGAUUCAUGGAGGGUGUACAUUAGACAAGGUCCAGCAUCCCUUGCGCCUAUGGUAACAGACAAUGAUGAUGGAACAUAUGAGGUCAUGUUCCUUGCGCUGGAGCCUGGGAACUACUCAGCCCAGGUAUUCCUUGACUACACUCUCUGUGAUGGUUUCAGAGACCCACCGGAGGAUUGGUUUAUCAAAGGUAACUUAGUGGUGAAUCGGGCAAAAAUUAGGCAAAAAUUGAUUGAUGCUAGGUACAUUUUAGCUGCAUGUCCUUGGACCCUUGAAGAUGCACAAAACGCUGCUCAGACGAAUUACAAAAGACUGCUUGAUGAGUUUGCCCUAGCUGUUAGCGAGGAAUUGAAGGUAUGACGAUUUAAAAGGCGUCAAGGUCGAAAAUGGACUACUAAUCAGUUGUAAGUCUUCCUGUUAUGACGUCGAAAUUACGUUUUGCCGCAGUUUUUCAAAUGCUGAAUGGCGCUAUCUACUGCACCAAUCACCAUCCAGCGGACAAGUAUUAGGGAAAAAAUUGCGCUAUCCAGAGGAUACAGUUUUAACCACCCGAUAGCUUUGUCCUUUUUGUAACAAUCGCUAUUCUGCUCGUUUUGUAGCAAUGUUGCAAGACAAGUUGCACGUUUUUUGCUGCCCGUUUUUCCGUGCCUUUACAUCGGACAACUAUUUCGAGGUCCUAUUUGGUCCUAUUUUUGUACUCAGUGCAAAAAUAGAAACAAAAUUGUUCCAAUUCAGUUAUUAUCAAAUAAUACCAAGAAAGUAACUCGGUUAUUAUAAUAAAUUAACUUUGUUGUUAUUCUGUAGGUAAUAUUCAUGGCUAUGAGCAAGAGCAUGGUAUUCUUGGAGAUAUCAGUAUCGAUUACAUUAACUCACCAUUGCAAAGUGGAAAGUCUAUAAAUAUUUAUAUCAAGGAAUCAGAUAAAACAAAGGGUAAGAAUAAAUUUUGCUUGUUUGUUUGUUCGUUUGCCGUUAUUGUUGUUGUUUUUUGUGUUUCCUUUUUUUUUUUGCCAAAGAAUCGGACAGGAGAAAUCAAUAGCCUGAAAUUAGGCAUGUCAGUAACUGAGUCACUAGAUUUAACUUUUAGCUCUGCAAUAAAGUUUUUAUCGUGGAAUUCAAUAGUAGGCUCUGAUCAGCUAAGGCGUGGACCAUUGUAAAGUUGUGCUGGGGGGGGGGGGGGGGGGAAUUUUGGGGCUCCAUGAAUAUUUUAAGGACUUUUUUGGUACUUUCUGUAACGGCGUUAAGCCUACCAGACCUCAAUCAAGCUUCCUGUCAUCUUUGCACUCUCUUAAGGACUGAUAGGAUAAAAGCGUACUGGUUUUUCAAAGGGGGCAAACACGUGAUAAAGUUUACCAAUGCAAGAAAUUGCUGUCGAGAUUGUUUAUUCAUGACAACAUAAAUAUAUUGAAGAACUUUUAUCUUAAAGACGAUCAUAAUGGCAAGUUAUGGUUAGAAGUCAUCAUUGAUAAUUUUUUGGACACAGCAGCGACCGUAGAUGUCCCCACAGAAGGUGACUGACGAGAAACUUAUCGAAACUUGAACCAUGGAUAAUAGAAAGACUGACCAGUCUUUCUAUUAUCCAUGCUCGAACUGUAUAUUUUUCAAGACUGAAAAAUCGAAGUCUCGUUUUUAAAGAAUUAAAAAAUUCUACCGCGAUCACUCUUAUUGGCAAGUGUUAUCAUUUUUUUGCCUCUGAAAUACCACGUGACAUUACUUUUAUCACAUCAAUACUAAAGCGCGUGCAAAGAUGGUGGAUAUCAUGAAUACGGUCUCUUAAUCAAUAGAGUAGUUUGUAAAAGGUUGACGCUGCUGAAAUGUCGAUCGUCAUGACAACUUUACGGUCAAUGAAUUUUCUUCAUGGAUAGACGCUGGUUUGAGAUAAUUCUUUCAAAUGUGGAUUAACUAAGUGAUAUGAAAAUAAGCAAAGCUUGAAAAGAAAGGGGUUGGCGUCCUGCCAUCCAUUACCGAAAGUGUUCCCAAAAAUGAAAAGAACCGAACAGAAGAGAAUCAUUUUUAAGUGUUUUAAAUUUAUUGUGAAAGCUUCUGCUCCUACUGCGUUUGUUUGGAUAGCUGUCAUCGUUCAUGUUUGCCAACUCAACAGGCUUCUACAGGUACAAUCAACGGUUAAGAAAAGGAUCUGGUGACACAACUUUAUCAGAAUUAUCGUGCAACGUCGAUUGUUCUUUGCUGUGGGAUGGCUUUGGACGAUGGAUCAAAAGGAAAUGGAAUCUAUACAUCCCUGAAGGUCACUAACUUUCAUUUACAAUCUCUGCUAGAUAGAUGCAAACUAAAAAUAAAAUGACGUGCUCUUCAUACAAUGCAACUCUUCCACACAUUGUUUCCUCAGCAGGCUAUUUUUUUUUAAACGAGUUCUCAACUCCCAUGUGUUCAGUACCCUUCCGACGAUGAGUAUGAAUUUUAAGCUAAUGGGAAAAUUGGCAAAUCUGCAUUGACACCCAUGAACACUUGUAAUUUUUUAAUUUUUGUACUGGAUUAUAGUAACUGUAUGUAUCACUGAAGAUAACGUGUUUUCUUCUUCAGAGGAUCUGACCAAGAGGUACCACUACCAGACCAUGAGCAAGAAACUCCAGACGUUCUGUGUUUAUGGAGAUUCCAUGGGUGUUCACUAUCAUAAACUUGCCAAGUCGAGUCCACUUUGCAAAGAGAUGUUUCUUGAAUGUAAUAAUAAAUACAUGUGGAUUUACGAUGUGAGUUUCAAAACAUACAGUAGACAAGUGUUAUACCUUUGAGGCAGUUAACGCAAAUGCAAUUAUUAUAAAGGCAACUUUCAGAGACCGAAUCAUAUUCCUGGGCUGUGUUUACAUCCAUAACCAGUCUGUCCAAAACCUGUCUGGCAAGAAGGCUUGACGUGUCUUGGGGAGGUCGCGGGUUCUUUUUCUGGACCAGACAAAUACCCAGGGUCUUAAACGAAAUAUAUGUAGAAUGAAGGUAUUGCCUCCCUUAGCUCCCUCUCCUACCGUUUUCUAGUUCGAUCUCGGCUCAACUUUCGCGGCGCGGCUGUAUCUCUUAUUUUUAAUAUGGGACCACAAAAGAAAAAACACCAAAAAAAAAAAAAAAAACGCCAACUACCCAGGCUAAUUGACGGACAAAAUUAAGUGCGUGUACCCGUUAUCCCUCUCAAUACUGAGGGAUUAAAUCUCUGAAGUCUUUGUUAGAUAUUAAAUUAUAUUUUGAUAUUAUAUUUCGCCUAAUUUAAGGCUGAGUGGAGAGGAGACGAUGGUAAGGAUUUCAACCAAACUAUUAUCCUUGAAGAGAUCAAGCAAAUCCUUACAAGACCUGAGAUGACUGGAAAUCAUAGCGUGUUCUUCUUCAACGUUGGUAUUCAUUAUUCACUGGUGCUUAACUUCACGACCUAUCGUAGGUUGAUACAAUCCCUGAUUACUUUGCUAAAGCGGGAUAGCCUGGGCAGUGAAGCGUCACAGAUCUGGAGGAGUAGUACAGCAAUUGAGAGAGAACAUUUAAAGAAGCUGUAUGCAGGCGACAACUUAACUAAAUGGAGAUUUCACACAAGCCCGGUAGUUUCCAUUUUUUCAUUCACCAAGUGCUUUAAAAAAGUAGGAUGGUAGUUUAACUUUCCUCCCAAUAUCGGUCAUUUUCGCUCCUCUUGUACUGAAAAGGAAGGAGAUAAAAAAUUGCAUUAAAAUAUUCAUAUUGUCUUCAUACUUGCUUAACUUUGAGGAUAGUAAACUGAACGUGCGUGCAGCUAAAAGUUGAUCGGUUCGUAACUCCCUCUUCAGGUUUCAGAUAACUGUUCUUUUAUUUAUAUAUUUAUUUUGUAGAGAGUAGUUAAAGGGGUUUUCACUCAAUUAUUUCAAAACCAACAUCAAAAGAUCACUCUGGCCAGUCGCAAGGAGUAAACAAAAGGUUGAAACAAAAAAACAAACGUAUAGAAACCUCAAGAUAUCUUUCGAUACGUCAUUUUAUUAGCGGAAUCAGGUUAAGCGUUUUUCCUGUAUUGUGAUGUCGAAACUAACGCUGUUUACAAGUGCAGUGCUCCAUUUACCGGUAUAUAUUUUUCUUUCUUGUUCUUGCAGAGAGUGCAGCUGUUUAAUAAAUUUGCCACUUGGGCAAUGUGCAUGGCUGGAAUUCCUGUUCUUGAUAUGUAUCCGCUGACCGCUACCUGGCCGCAAGGCACCCGGGAUCAUAUCCAUUAUAGUGAUGACGUAAUUGAGCCUGCAGUCCUUGCCUUAGAAAGUUUUCUUUCUAAACGUUUUCAACAGUUAUGA